AUGGAUUCCUUCCCGGAUAACGAAAAGAUCCAGAGAUACGGAUGCAAAGCUUUGCACAUGCUUUUAGAAAAAGCGGAAACCAUCUUUUUAAACCAAGAUUUGGAAGAUAAAAAGGAAGAAGAGGAGGAGGAAGAAGAAGAUAAAUUAUAUUGGCUGGAAGCCUGCUAUAAAGCGUUAAAAUAUCACAGAAGAAAUAGAGAUGCACAGGAAGCGGCUUGCUGGGCUUUGAACAACUUGCUUAUGUAUCAGCCUACUCUUAAUGAGAAGAUUGGGGACGACGAAAAAAAGUACCCAGCGCACAGAGAGAUGAUGCUAGCUAUGUUGAUGUAUUAUUCUACUUCCAAAGAAGUGUUCCAGGCUGCUGCCACUGCCUUAGCUACUCUCGUGAAGCAAAAUGGAGUGAUAAAAAAUCAGAACCAUGUUAGUUCAGAAGACACUCACCAGAAAACCAUGUCAGCACUUUUGAAAAGCGAGUUUCUGUUAGAAGGAGGUCAUUCACUUGUGAUUGGUGCUCUGAACACGUUUAUUGGAAAUCCAGGCAUUCAGAGAUGUGGACUUCAAAUACUUUCCACCAUAAGAGAACGUCCGAUUUUAUCACAAAUGUUGUCUAACCUAGGCAUGGCGGAUACUCUCCUCCACACACUACAGAUGUAUCCAGAUGAUCAAGAAAUACAACGCUUAGGUUUAAACUUUCUGGGAUCCUUGAUAUCAGAAAAGAUCUUAUGUACGACUACUUUCUAUGCCUUGGUAACCCCUUUGGUUUCAACAUUACGGCGCUUUAAGGAUGUUGUCGAUAUUCAAGCUCAGGGAUUCCAAAUGAUUGCAACCAUCCUCGACUCCUCCCCUUGGUUUGCAAAGCUGCUCAUACAGGAAUCGUUCGAGACCUGUCUCUUCCACCAGCUCUCCGUGUGUUUUAACGAACAAAGAGACCAACAGGUAAUUCACAAUUUCGGGGGUACAGAGCUUACAGCGGUUCAUUUAGUGACCAUUCAGAGUUACAACAUGACUGAAAAAAAAUGAC